AUGGAGGUUGCUCGCCAAAGGAGAGAGAAAAUGGUGAAUUAUGAGCGUGAGUGGGUUAAGGCCGCAAGGCAGGCUAGUCGUGCGUCUAGAGAGGGCAAGCGAGAAGUGGCCGAGGUUAGGAAGAAUCACACCAUUCAGUUUGAGGCUCAUUUUGAGAAUCUGAAGGAGACUUAUAAGACUCUCAGAGACUACCGCGAGUGUCGGGGCUCUAGAAUAUUUGGGAGCAAUGGGCUCCCAUUCCGGUUUUUCCUGAUUCAGAGGAGAUCCAUUUUGGAGUUCCCGGUGAGGACGUGGAAGUGA